AUCAUCAUCCCCACGGCGGCGGCCCCGACACCAGCGGCCGAACCGGGUCCGGUUUCGAGGCUCCGCCGGCACCGAGACGCACCGCGCGCGGCUCCGCGAAGCAGAAACGCGCGAUCCGGCCGUCCGCGCGGCGGAGCGGCGGAGGCGUCGGAGGCGUCGGGCUCCGCGGGGAUGCUGACGCCUUCCCCCGGAUGCGGGAUGGCGAUCGCCGGGCCGCGCGGGAUGUGAAGCCUCCCCAGAGGACGAUGGCCGGACCGGGUUCCUCCGCGGCGGUGCCGCUGCUCCUGCUGGGCUUCCUGUCGGUGUCCUCCGUUACCGCCGACGCCGCGCUGUCAGCUCCGCUCAACGUGACCAUCAGAGAGAUCGAGGUAAACUCUGCCGUGGUCACCUGGGAAAUCCUGGAGGGGGACCCCGUCAUUGGAUUCGCCAUCACCCAACAGAAGAAGGACGCCCGCAUGCUGCGGUUCAUCCAGGAGGUGAACACCACCACGCGCUCCUGCACACUGUGGGACUUGGACGAGGACACCGAGUACAUCGUUCACGUGCAGAGCGUCAGCAUGGCGGGCAGCGGCCCCCUCAGCGAGCCGGUCCUCUUCAGGACGCCCAAGGAGUCGGAGAAGAUGGCGUCCAAGAGCCCAGACGAGGUGACGAUGGAGGAGUUCGGUCAGUCUGCUCAGCUGAGGGCCGGGGAGCUCAUCAUCAUCGUGGUGGUGCUCGUCAUGUGGGCAGGGGUGAUCGCGCUGUUUUGCCGUCAGUACGACAUCAUCAAAGACAACGAGCCCAACAACAACAAGGACAAAGCCAAGAACUCCUCGGAGUGCAGCACCCCGGAGCACCCACAGGGGGGGCUACUGCGCAGCAACGUCUGAGACCAGCCCCCCCCCAAAGCCGGGUGCAAUAACUCCUCGACCCUCAGGACAGUCUAAAGGUCCUCACGACAUCCGAACGCCUACUUUCAUUAACUGCAGGAACUGUGCAUCCUGCAGACGCUGAGACCAACAGAAAGCCAUCACCUGACCCCGUCACAGCGACGAAGCCAUGAUCCGUUACCAAGACUCUCCUCCGCACCGGGAGCGGCUCUUCUAGAAUCCAAGGCCGCAAAACAGGAAACCUGAGGAGAACUUCCUGACCUUCUUCGAAGUGGACGGUCGGUGUGCAGACGCUAAAACGGCUGUCAGUCAAAGCACGGCAGGGGACAUCCGCUCCUCUCGACAAGAACCCGCUCGAUUCCCACGUUGUGGAUACCCGCCGUCAGUGGCAUCGGAUCCCGGCAGCACAUCACCAAUCAAACACCCGGUCCUUCAGGUCCAGCUAUCAGGCAGCACACAACUACACUAAGGACGUCAUCUUUUUCUACCCCUCCGUCCACAUUCCCUCCUCUCUGUCUCACCGCGGGGACAUUUCUGUUUUUGGGUUAGAAAUUGAGCGCCGUGAGCGCCACUUGCAUGGACAUGUAAUCUAGACCCUCGUGUUUCCAGUCCUUGUGUCCUCUUGACGUGGGCGUGUGUGGCGACUGGUGGCAUUUGACAUUAUCUUUUGCCGUUUCAUCGGGGAAAUCAAUCAAUUCACGGGGAACAAAUCAAAUUUCCCUUCUUGUCAAAAAUCUGAUGAAAAGACCCCAAAAUCCAAAGUGAAUCAAUCCCUCUGCCACAAGUAGGUUGUUGCUCCGCGGCGUGGAUGAUUCUUUCUCUCGUUUACUGCCAAGAUUGUUCACUCUACACCAGUUAAUGGAGAAACAACACAUUUGACAUUUCAAUAUUUGCUCGACGAUCUAAUGAAAACACGUCUAGUGACACGUUUGUUCAUUACAAUGAAUCAGCAUCCCACUACAGACGCACCGGAUGUGUAUAACUACGCCGCUGAAAGUAGUCCCUGUUUACUCCUGUUUGAGCAGCAUUAGGUCCAAACCACGGUGUUUAAAGAGUCACAUCUUUGUUAGCAACCAAUGGGCCCGUGGGGAAGUGGGAGAGGUUUGAGGGACGGACUCACAAGUUGUCGGUUUUGGUCUUUUCGUGAUAUUUGUUGACGUGAAGAAAAACAGAACAACGGCACCUGUUGGAACUUCUUCAUCAGAACGAUCCAGAUAAAGAUAAAAAGUCAUUAUCGUCUUCUGCUAAUUGUGAUGCACAUAAUUACAAAUGUCGGACCCCGACCCCCCCUGGAACGGUGACGCCAGGAAAUGCUUCCCCCGUGCUGAGAGAGGCAGCCGUCACUGUCUGUCAUCCGUCAGCCUCCACCUCUCCGCUCUCCUCCACCUUCUUCUCUGGUUUCUCUCCUCGUUGUCCCUCCUCUCACCCGCCAGCUUCCCUCUCUGCUGCUACUCGUUAUUUCCACCCCCAAGCUGCCCUCCUCCCCCUCCUCCUCCCCUCCCCCAGCACACCUCCACGCAUCGGCUCUUCGCUCUCACUGGGGGACCCGGCUGGCUGCUCAUCCCUCGUUCCUCCGCUCGCUCAUCACCGCUUUCUUUCUGGAUGGACGCUUCCAUGUGAGCAGACUGAGGGGAAGACAAUGGGUGAAUGAGGAGAGAUGGACGGACAGGUGGAGCUACGAUGAGAAUAGAAAAACAAAGCGCUUCAUUAGCAAUGUUAAUGAGCAAAAGGUGGAGUUCAUAAGAGGGCAGUGGAACAAUGCGCGAGGAGGAGACUGAACUGGCCGUUCUCGCCCCCGCAUGUGGUCGGUAAGGUCGAUAUUCAGCCGACGGUCAAGCCGAUGUUACGAUGAACCCAAGUAACCUUUUGCUGCGCUUUCUUUAGAACAAAUGCAUCCAGAAUGAAGAAGCGACUCCGGUGGAGGUCUAUUAACUCUGAGGCCUUGAGGCCUGAAGCGAGAGACCUUUCUACGGAGCCAGAACCAGAAGUGGGACACGGCGGCCGGCUGGUGGGACACGGCUUGCUUAAAGACCAGGAACGUCCCACAAAGGAGACACUUGGGAUUUCAAUGUCGAAGGUUUUUUUUCAAGGGGAGCGUGGCCGAUGGCGUCCUCGUGGCGUCCUCGUCUCCUGUCAUGCAUUUGGUCUCUUUCUGUCAUGAUGGAGGAAACGAGGACCUGAUUGUUCACAUGUGCACAUGCUUCUACGUGUCGAGCGCGCCGCGCUGUGAUUGGCCGACCGCGUGGAGGUGACGACCCACGACUCUUCAACUAGUCGGCAGCAGAGAGAAACUCGGAACUUGAGCUUUUAAAAGCCAGUGUGAAAGCCAACGAGCCCGUCGCUCAAACGUUUUGGUUCCUUUGACUCUCGUCACACUGCGGUGAUUUUACAAAACACAAUCUCUCUUUUGAAAUCGAUGAAAGGAACAUCUCGCAAAGCUCGACACGGUGAACUUCUACAUUUCUCAUUAAACCGGGUCGAACCGUAACUGGAUCACUGAGCAUUCAUUUGACGCAUUGCAUGAUAAAAGCAGGAACGCUUUUGAACCCCGGUUCCGGUACAUGUACCCGUCCCCCCCCCCUGACCUCUCAGCGGUCCCCUCUGUGGACAGCUGGCCGCCAUCCGAUCAGGCGCAGACUGUCCGUCCGUCCUUGGCUGCAGGAGGCCGCUGGACAGCUGCUCAAGGUGAACGCCCAACGGGCACGCGAGGUCACGAAGGCCUGAAGACAGGAAGGACGGAGUCAGAAGAACCUGCAACCACAAGCAACCUGUCCAUCACUAUCAUACGUUUCAGUGAAUUCACACCCCAGGGUUUUAUCUCAAGUGCUCACUUCAUUUUCUCCUUUCAAAAGGACAAUUAUUUCCCUCGAUUGGAUGUUUAAGGUCCUAGUUUAAGAAAAGUAACGGAUAAUCCAGCAGUUAAAUUUGUCAAACUGCAACACAGUGAGCUGUAAACCAAAUCCCUGCUAACCCAAACGUCAUGUGCCAACGGAGGACCACGGAGACGGUCAAAGUCAUCCAUUCACCCCGGUUUGCCUGUAAUGUCCGUGACUGGAUGAAUGAGAUCGCUGAGCACUCACCUGGAAAUCCUCCACAUAGUAAAGAACAAGGCCGGUUACUUAUGGCGUAUAUUUAUACUUGUUGUCGAUGCAAAUAACCAAGAAGCAUGGAUUUACAGCAGAAUACUGGAGUCUGUGUUUAACGUGCACCACGGCGUCUGUGUUUGAGGCAUUUUGAUGUUCAUGGGAUGAAUCCUGUUCAUGAGGGCUAGCAUGACUCUGCUAUCGUUCACACCCAUGGUAUACACGCUAUUUCUAUGGAAAUAUAAAUGUCUAAUUAUGUAUUAACUAAUUAUAAAAUAAAAUAUUUUCAAUGCACCGUU